AUGGCAACCUCUGUCAGAAAACAGACAGGUAUGGAUGUAAGACUUUUGUUAGUAAUUCUGAAGUCAUUCUUCUCUUCAGAUGCAAAGCAUUGCACCAGAUGCCCAGAAGAUCAGCAUGCAAAUCAAGCGCGAAACAAAUGUGUCCCAAAGACUAUAACAUUUCUCACUUAUGAAGAACCUUUGGGGAUUGUCCUGGUGUCCUUUGCCCUCUUCUUGUCCUUGACCACUGGCAUUGUGAAAGGAAUCUUCAUUAAAUACAAGGAAACUCCCAUAGUCAAAGCUAACAAUCGGGACUUAUCCUAUAUCCUCCUUAUCUCCCUCCUGCUUUCCUUUUUGUCCUCCUUCCUCUUCAUCGGCCGGCCAAGCAAAGUGACCUGCCUUCUCCGACAAACAGCCUUCAGCAUCAUCUUCUCAGUUGCCGUCUCUUCUGUUUUGGCAAAAACCAUCACUGUGGUGCUGGCCUUCCUGGCCACAAAGCCAGGGAACAAGGUGAGGAGAUGGCUGGGGAAGAGUCUGGCCAACUCCAUUGUCCUUUCCUGUUCCAGUAUUCAGGUUGUCAUCUGCACCAUCUGGCUGGGAAUCUCCCCACCCUUCCCAGACUCCGACAUGCACUCCCAAGCUAGAGAGAUCAUCCUUCUCUGCAAUGAGGGAUCUGUUGCCAUGUUCUACACUGUCCUUGGCUACAUGGGCUUCCUGGCUGCCAUCUGCUUCACUGUGGCUUUUCUAGCAAGAAAGCUUCCAGGGUCCUUCAAUGAAGCCAAGCUGAUCACCUUCAGCAUGCUGGUCUUCUGCAGUGUUUGGGUGUCUUUUGUUCCCACCUACCUGAGCACCAAAGGGAAGUUCAUGGUAGCUGUGCAGGUCUUCUCUAUGUUGGCCUCCAGUGCUGGGCUUCUGGGCUGCAUCUUCCUUCCCAAGUGCUACAUUAUCAUCCUCAGGCCUGAUCUGAACACAAAGGCACAUCUAACUAUAAAAAGUGAAGGUGGUAGUGUCUGA